AUGGUGUCCCAGUUUAAGGACGCCACCCAAUCGGCGAGGGUCACGCUCCGGCCAUGGGGUGAGCUCCUGGAACCCACCGCACUCAGACUCUCAUCCAAUCUUUCCGCCGCAACAACCCGACUCACCCAGAACUUGACCCACUUCCAGUCCAACUACGCCUUGAUCGCCCUGAUCGUGCUCUUCCUCAGCCUCAUCUACCACAUGUUCUCCAUCAUCGUCUUCUUGAUCGUCUUCGCCGCGUGGCUCGUACUCUACUUCUCGCGCGACCAGCCCCUCGUGGUGUUCGGGUUUACGGUCCCGGACCAGGUCGUGAUGGUUGUUCCUGCCUUGGUGACGGUCGUGGCUUUGGUCAUCACUCACGUGUGGCUCAAUGUUAUCGUUUUAGGUGUGAUUAGGGUCAUUUUGAUUGGGUUACACGCGGUGUUUAGGGGGACGAAUGACCUUGUGAUGGACGACCAAGAAUCACUGUAUGGGGCUCUGCUCUCGGAUGAUACUGACCCAAGUGGGAAUUACACCAUUAUGUGA